UUAAGGAUGGAGAGCUUGUCCGAGUUGAAUUUUUGGCUUGCGCUUGGACCAAGCUGUCGGAUUGCAGGUUUAAAAAAUAGAUAGGGGAACUGAGGAGAAGGGAGCGGGUGCGCCCCGUAUUUCAUUCUAUGAAAAUAACCAGCAAUUAUAAUUCCUCACCUUGUUUGGUGCUCAGAAUAAAAGUGACACCGCACAACUACACCGAGCAUCCGUCGUGAUUAGGAAGUACUCCACACCUUGGAGAGCAGUGGAGACCUAAGAAUAAUUUGAAAUGCAAAUGAAAUUGAGGGGGUAGCAGCGAGAACGUAUAAAAGACAGCUUUGGAAUCGAGGUUGAAGUGAAAAUUAGAAGCCGCUCGCUCGGGCUCCCAGGCUUGGAUGUAUUGCAUGGCUUUAACUCAUGCCACUCGGCGAGGUGGACAGAGGUCAGUGAUCUCGGAACUCGACUGAUCAUUUUCUUUCAAAAGAGAGAAGUGUUGAAUUUGUAACAUCAAGGAUGGAUUAUCCAAAGAUGGAUUACUUUCUGGAUGUUGAGUCUGCUCACAGACUGUUUUACAGUCAAGGAGCUCAAGCACGCCGGGCGACCCUGCUCCUUCCUCCCACAUUAAUGGCGGCAUCAUCCGAAGAGGAUAUAGACCGGCGGCCCAUCCGGAGAGUCCGCUCCAAGAGCGACACCCCCUACCUCGCCGAAGCCAGGAUAUCCUUCAACCUAGGGGCAGCUGAGGAGGUGGAGAGGUUGGCUGCGAUGCGCUCUGACUCCCUGGUACCGGGCACCCACACCCCUCCCAUCAGGAGAAGAAGCAAAUUUGCCAACCUGGGAAGGAUCUUCAAGCCUUGGAAAUGGAGGAAGAAGAAAAGUGAAAAGUUCAAGCACACGUCCGCAGCUCUGGAAAGAAAAAUAUCAAUGAGGCAGAGCCGAGAGGAGCUUAUAAAACGAGGUGUCCUGAAGGAAAUCUAUGAUAAAGAUGGGGAACUGUCCGGAUCGAGCGGAGAAGGAUCGCUGGAGAACGGGCAGGCCUUGAGCGCCAGCCAGCUCUCACUCCCAGCCCUGUCGGAGAUGGAGCCAGUUCCGAUGCCCAGGGAUCCCUGUGCCUACGAGGUGCUCCAACCCUCAGACAUCAUGGACGGGGCAGUGUCUGAAGAAAGCCCCUCAGCUAAUGAACCUGGAGCCCUCCUGUCCCAAGAUCCUUCAGCCAAACCAGUCCUGCUACUUCCCCCCAAAAAACCUGCUGCUUACCCCGGAGACCAUGACGACAACCCAGUUAAACUGCUGUCCCUUCUCAAGCAGCCCCCUGCCCUGCCUCCUAAACCCAUUGCCAGGAUUCCCAACCAUUUGACUGAUCCCGGUGCCCCCGUGAAACUGCCUUGUCUGCCCGUGAAACUGUCGCCCCCGCUACCUCCAAAGAAAGUCAUGAUCUGCAUGCCGUUAGGAGGGCCGGACCUCUCUCUGGCUUCGUACGCCCAGCAGAAGAGUAUCCAGCAGCCCUUGAGUCAGCAGCAUCACCACACUGUCCUGCCAUCCCAGUUACAGCACCAGCUGCAGUACGGCAGCCUCGGGCCGCACCACCCCUCGGCCUCCGGCUCCCUCCCCAUGCACCCCUCCGGGUGCCGGAUGAUCGACGAGUUGAAUAAGACCCUGGCGAUGACCAUGCAGAGGCUGGAGAGUUCUGACCAACGGGGUCCCUGUCCCUCUUAUCAUAGUUCUGGUUUGCACUCGAGUGACGGUGUCACGAAAACAGGGCCCGUGGGCCUUCCCGACUUAAGACAAGUGCCAACUGUUGUGAUCGAAUGUGAUGACAAUAAAGAAAAUGUGCCUCACGAAUCAGACUAUGAAGACUCGUCCUGCCUGUACACCCGAGAAGAGGAGGAUGAAGACGAAGACGAAGAUGAUGAUGGCUCUCUAUAUACCAGCUCUCUGGCCAUGAAGGUGUGCAGAAAAGAUUCCUUAGCCAUCAAGCUCAGCAACAGGCCCUCUAAGCGGGAGUUGGAGGAAAAGAACAUUCUCCCCAGGCAGACCGACGAGGAGAGGCUGGAGCUGAGGCAGCAAAUCGGGACAAAGCUCACCAGGCGCCUGAGCCAGAGACCGACUGCUGAGGAAUUGGAACAAAGGAAUAUUCUGAAACCACGCAAUGAGCAAGAGGAGCAAGAGGAGAAACGAGAGAUCAGGAGGAGGCUAACCCGCAAGCUGAGUCAAAGACCCACGGUGGAAGAGCUGCGGGAAAGGAAGAUCCUGAUCCGCUUCAGCGACUACGUCGAAGUGGCAGACGCUCAGGAUUACGACCGGAGGGCGGAUAAGCCCUGGACGAGACUCACCGCCGCCGACAAAGCAGCCAUUCGCAAGGAGCUCAAUGAAUUUAAAAGCACUGAAAUGGAAGUCCAUGAAUUAAGUAGGCAUCUAACAAGGUUUCACCGCCCUUAGCAGUCAGACUCCAGCCGAAUACGACGCUGUCUUCAGAACAUAAAUUUAAAAGAACCAUAAGUGCUGGUAUGAUUCACUCCCCCUGUUACAUUGUAAAUCUUCUGAACUGCCUUGUUUUAAGAGAGAGAGAGAGAGAAAAGGAAACCAAGGAGCACGGUAUCUCGGUGAGGAGUGGAAUGGGAACAGUGCUCCAUCGCCAGAGCUGCGACCACACCUUCUGACAUUGAGAGACGCCUCCCGGGCAGGGCCGAGGGCACCAGCUGGCGUCCUCGUUUUAAGACUUGCUGGCAUGUGGAUCUGACCUAUUUUGUCCGAGGCCAGCUGGUCCCGCAUCCAUUCCGUCAUCAGCCACCCUCGUCCUCGGGGCGCCGAUCCCUCCGCUCCACAGACCUCUGAGGCGGUAGCUCCGGCCAUGGUGGUGUGAAGUCCGAGUCCCGACUGGCUUCCUGUGCCCGGCCACCAGCACUUCAACCAAAAUGACUGAGAGAGAUGGGAGGGAGGGCUGCUGCUUUGCAGUCCCUACCUCCCUGCUACUCCCACGCUAAACCCCAGAGGGAAAGCCCUGCCCCUCAGCAGUGGUCGAAGCCCCAAAUGCCACCCUUUGGCUUCCUGGGGGUGGGGGGGGGUGCCUUGGAAAUGAAAUGAUAAUGCUGAUUGACUGCUAGGAGCGGCUGGACCAAAGCUGAGCAGAGUGGCUUUCACCUUAAUUUCCAAAAUCCACAAUGAUCAGCCCCAAAGACUGGAGGAGAGAUGGGACAGGAGGAUGAUGGCGGAGUGAUCCGGGGUUGUAAGGAAAGCGGGGAUUAUGGGCAUUAACACGUUACCGAAGGUAAAUACUAGCAUCACUUCUUAACAGACAGGGAGGGAACUCUUCUUGCCCAUUCUUAAUUCUUAAUCUUCCUCUCUCAGCUCCAGGGCACCACUACACAGUCUUUUUUGUCAAGGAAGGUGAUGCCUUCCGAACAUGACUUGAGCUUAAAAGCAAACCGGGAAAUUCAGCCCAACGCGGUCAGUCUUUAGAUGAGAAACUUCCCAUUCCCUCAGCUUUUACUCUGGGCAGAAGCACACCCUUUCCGAAGGCUGAAGCGAACAGGGGUGUGGUGGCCGUCCUCUCACUCGUGUGGGGAAGAAAUCCAUCUGCUGCCCUGCAUAGCUAGGUGAGUCAGUAAUCCUAGAAAGGCCAAUGCCAGCCAAAUUCUCCUGGCAGCUCUCGGCCCCGAUGACUAAACAGUGCAUAUUCCUCACAAGGAAGAAGACCGAAUGCCUUCUCGUGCCCUGCGUCGGGGACAGAGACACGUUACUCUGGGAGUAGGAAUAAGGAAGAAGCUGCUUCCUUUCCCAGGCACGUUACCUACCAGAACCUGGUGCGUGCGUUCCCUUGAUGCCACAAGUCCGCCGGGAUCAUUAUCAGGGCUGAAUACUUACUGGCAGGGAUAAAAGAAGGUCCCCGGCCUAUGAAGGCAUCCUAGCGAGAGAAGGAGGAGGCAGCAUUAAUAGAAAAAUUCCUUUCCCAUCACCCAUACCAGCAGCCCAGCCCCGAAUAGAGAACGUGAGGCCCAGCUUAGGUUCAAGUCAGAAACACGGAGCAGGCAACCUAUGCGGGCAGAAUGACCCAACCUCCACCUGGGUCGAGUGCGAAUUACAGGAGACAGUGGAGUCUAUCUGCUGGGGUUAAGUGUAACUUCACGUUCCUGUUUCUCAAGCACCACCAGGCCGUUUAGUGCUCAGGUUCUGCCCAAAGUGGCCUCCCCACGAUCCACUGGGUCAUUCCGAAGCACGUGGAGGUUUAGAAAAAUUACACCUCAAAGUGCCUCUUGGCACAGGGACAGAUGAGACAGUUCUACGAGGCUUAAUUCAGAGGUCACCCACCUGCCAUCUCCCAUGGACCAAACCGCAUCAGGCCCUAUCCGAUCUGCUGAAAUCCACUCGGAACCUCCUUUUUCCUGUGCUGUGGCAGCAGGUAGGGACAAGCAACAGUACCAAUUCAACAGCAUCCAAAGAGGUGGACUUGAAUCUACUAAAGCCACAGCUACCAUAAUCAUGGUACCUUUUUAUAUUUCAAACAUAUCAGUGGUUUUAAGCAUUUGCGCUAGUAUAGGACUGUGUAAUGUCUCCAAAUUUAAGGAAAGGAAUCUGUGGAUUUUAGUCAUCCCCAAUUAUAACGAAGGCCUCUCUGCGGCCAAAGGCACAGUGAAUGCUCUGGCACCUUUGUUGUACGGUACUCUCCCAAGCGCUUAGUACAGUGCUCUGCACGCGGUAAGCGCUCAUUAAACACCACUGAGUGAUCAAAUGUUGCAUCAGAUUAGAUUGACCAAAGCAACAAUAAAUGAAACAAUAGAAAAUGAGAUUUUUUUUGUUUUCUCAGUUGAGAAAGUGACACUUACAAACUGCUGAAUGGAAGGGGUUGCGCGUGCUCAGACGGAUGUCGUUUUUAACAGUUCUUCAUGUGCGGACAAGCAAGCGCAGGGCAAGUUGGUGGCUUCUUCCCACGUGUCUGAAUUCCAAAGCCAGAUGCAUUUUCCAGUUGAUAUGCCGGUGUCUGUACAUAGAGUUUGUCUUUGUAUAGGAGUGAAUGUGGUGACUGUCAAUCCUGUGCUCUUCCAGUAUUGUAAUUUAACAGAUUAUGUCUGUAUGAAAAAAGGAAAUGUAAAUAUAAAAGAAAACUUAAACUGGGUCUCUAUGUCCUAAGUUUUGUACAUACUGAAACUGCAUGCUAUUUAAAUUAUUGUCCGUCUCUGAUGAUGUAUGCAGUUUCUUUAAAAAAAAAAAAAAAUUU